UGCUGUCUGUCUGGGUUGUUUUCAUGGUAGCACACAGACUAGCUAGGUGGUAGUAUCAGUCUGUUGCUGAUUAAAGUGCUGUUUUGGUUGCAAUUUAGAGUUUCAGCGAUAUAUCUCCAGCGACAGGAUCCACCAGAGAGCCACCACAGCACUCGGGAAGUUUGUUAUGUAACUCACGUAGCAUGUUUUCAAUGUAAGCGUGUAAAGCUACCGGUAACGUUAGCCCCGGUUACCUCCAGUAACUGUUAACCAGGUCACUAAAGCUAGCGGUCAAAAUACUUCGAAAAAAGCGCAUUUGACUGUUUUUGCGGGCUUCAGCAUCAAUUGACCUGAUCCAGCGACACCCGCCAUGUCUGCUGGAACAUCAGACCGCUUUCACGCUCUCAACACUGUCCAUCAGACACCGCACACCCCGCUGAAAAAGAUAUGAAGGCAUUAACCAUGGUGACUUCAGUGACCUCAAUGUGCCUUAUGCAGCCUGAGGGUGACGGCCACAAGAUUUCUGGUAUCCUCGACUUUGGGAAGAUGAGCUGUAGCUACUACAUCUAUGAGCUAGCCAUCACUAUCAUGUACAUGAUGACGGAGCACCCCAAACCGAUUGAGGUGGGUGGACCUGUCCUCGCAGGCUGGGAAAGUGUCCUUCCCCUCAACGAGGCAGAGAAAGAUUGUCUCUAUGUCCUGGUGCUGUCCCGCUUCUGCCAAUCUUUGGUUUUUGCUCGCUACAAUGUGACUUUGCAUCCAGAAAAUAAAGAGUAUCUGAUGACUACAUCCAGGAAGGGCGUCCACACUCUCCGUCAGCUCUGGGAGCUCGGAAAGAAGCAGGUGGAGAAGGUGUGGUUUCAGAGUGCUGCUCAAUUCGGUGACGAGGAGAGAAAUAUGUUGCUGUACACACCUCCAAUGCACAACAGGUUGAUUCCAGUGAACCUUUUGUCCAAAUUAAUUGGAAUUUUAAGCCCACCAAUAAAAAACAAAAGAUUAUGUUUGCACAGUAAACAAACAACAUUUUACUCUUGAGAUUCAGACAUACUGUUGUAGGAAUAACAAGUAAGGUAGCAAAUGUAAAAGGUAGCAAUAUUAAUUAUUGAUCAAGUAGUGUAAAAGCAAAAAAAUCAUCAAAAUAAACAGGGAAGCAUUCAGGGGAAAUUGUUUUAUAGUAUCAUCAGUCACCUCAUCAAUCACUACACCACUGGUUACAGUCCAUAACCUGCUCUGUAAUGGAUCUAAUGCCUUGACCAGCCAAUUUCAUUAGAUUUGCCAAGAUUGAGGACAAAUGUAAUGCUUCGGUCACAUUGGUGUGCAUUCAUUAUGUUUCUUUGGCAAAUCUACCUCAAUUUACAGAAUGUGUGUUUCAUACUGUAACUGGAUCCAGAUUUUAACAAUUUAAUACUUUUAUACUGCACCAAUAAUCUUAAUAAACAAAAGAACAACUCAGAAAA